CCGGCCUGACCGGCGGCAGCGGCGGCUGCAGCAGCGGGGGCAGCCCCGGCCCCGGCCCCGGCCCCUGGCCCGCCGCUGCCUGGACACUGGGGCUGUGGUUUUUGCCAACGGGAGCCGGUGCGGGAGCUGGAAGAGAAGAAGGAGGUGGAGGAGAAGGAGGAGGAGGAGAAGAAGAAGGAGGAGGACUAGCGGCGGCGGCGGCGGCUGUCGGAGGAGCGAGGAGCGGCGGCGGCGGCGGCGGCUGCAGGAACAGCGGCAGCUAACAUGGCGACGGUGCCUGUCUAUUGCAUCUGCCGGCUGCCCUACGACGUUACCCGCUUCAUGAUCGAGUGCGACGCCUGUAAGGACUGGUUCCACGGCAGCUGUGUCGGUGUGGAAGAGGAGGAGGCCCCAGAUAUCGACAUAUACCAUUGUCCAAACUGUGAGAAAACUCACGGAAAGUCUACCUUGAAAAAAAAAAGAAAUUGGCAUAAACACGACACUGGGCAGACAACAGAUGUCAAACCUGUUCAGAAUGGGAGUCAAGUGUUCAUCAAAGAGCUGAGGAGCCGAACCUUCCCCAGUGCGGAUGAUGUUGUCGUCAAAGUGCCCGGCAGCCAGCUGACCUUGGACUACCUGGAGGACCGCGGCUUCACAGAGCCCAUCCUGGUCCCCAAGAAGGAUGGCUUAGGGCUGGCCGUCCCAGCCCCGACGUUUUACGUUAGUGACGUUGAGAAUUAUGUGGGCCCAGAGAGAAGUGUGGAUGUGACCGACGUCACCAAACAGAAAGACUGCAAGAUGAAACUGAAGGAGUUUGUGGAUUACUACUAUAGCACCAAUCGGAAACGGGUCCUCAAUGUCACUAAUCUGGAGUUUUCUGACACCAGAAUGUCCAGCUUUGUAGAACCUCCAGAGAUUGUGAAAAAGUUAUCCUGGGUAGAAAACUAUUGGCCCGAUGAUGCCUUAUUGGCCAAACCCAAAGUGACCAAGUAUUGCCUGAUUUGUGUGAAGGACAGUUACACUGACUUCCAUAUAGACUCCGGAGGGGCCUCAGCCUGGUACCAUGUGCUCAAGGGGGAAAAGAUCUUUUAUCUCAUCAAACCAGCCUCCGCGAAUCUCUCUCUGUAUGAGCGAUGGCAGUCGGCUGCCAAUCACAGUGAGAUGUUCUUUGCCGACCAAGUGGACAAAUGCUAUAAGUGUACAGUGAAGCAAGGCCAAACGUUGUUCAUUCCUUCAGGUUGGAUAUAUGCAACACUAACCCCUGUAGACUGCCUGGCAUUUUCAGGACAUUUCCUUCACAGCCUGAGUAUUGAAAUGCAGAUGAGAGCGUACGAAGUGGAGAGAAGAUUGAAAGUCGGCAGUCUGACCCAGUUUCCCAACUUUGAAACUGCCUGCUGGUAUAUGGGGAAGCACCUGCUGGAGACGUUCAAAGGAUCACACAAAUCUGGUAAGCAGCCACCUCCCCAUAUAGUCCAAGGAGCUAAAAUACUGAACGGUGCAUUCAGGUCAUGGACUAAAAAGCAGGCCUUAGCAGAACAUGAAGAUGAACUUCCAGAGCAUUUCAAACCAUCCCAGCUUAUCAAAGACCUUGCCAAAGAGAUACGACUCAGCGAGAAUGCAUUGAAAGUCACUAAACCCGAAGUCGGUGCCAAUGUCUCUCCCAAGGAAGUCUGCCCCAUGGAGAAGGAGAAGGAGGAGCCCCCUUCCCCUGUACAGGUCACCCCACCUCCCUCCCUGGUGGAAAAAUCUUCUAAAAAAAAGACUCCCAAAACGAUGAAACCACCCAAACCAUCCAAGAUCCCCAAGCUUCCCAAACUCCCCAAACCACCGAAGCCUCCAAAGCCCCCGAAGCCCCCCAAAGCUCCCAAGAUCAAGGAAGGAGGCAAGAAGAAGGGGAAGAAGUCCAAGGAGUCGGCUUCCCCCACCAUCCCCAACUUGGACUUGCUCGAAGCCCACACGAAGGAGGCACUGACCAAGAUAGAAACGCCAAAGAAAAGCAAGGUUUCAAAGAAUGUUUUAAGUGUCCCCAGCAAAGAAGUCAGUAAUAAGCAAAAUGACAUGGAGAGGUUUGAAAUCCGGGAACAGAAUAAGACCAAAACAGAAGCCAAGUGGAAAUAUAAGAAUAGCAAACCUGAUUCCUUAUUGAAAAUGGAAGAAGAACAGAAAUUGGAAAAAACUCCUUUAUCAGGAAAAGAUAAUAAAUUUAUGUUUUCUUUCUCUAACAAGAAACUUCUAAGCUCCAAGGGCAUUAAAACCCAGACAAGUCCCGGGGUAUUUGGGUCCUUACAGAACUUCAAGGAAGACAAAACCAAGCCCAUUCGGGAUGAAUAUGAAUAUGUGUCUGAUGAUGGAGAGCUCAAAAUUGAUGAAUUUCCAAUUAGAAGAAAGAAAAACACAACAAAAAGAGAUUUGUCCUUUUUAUCAGAUAAGAAGGAAACCAUCCAGCACACACCCGUGAAGAAGCCAAAGGUUGAAUCAGUAUUAUACAAGAGUGAUGAUUCAUCAGAUGAGGAUUCUCUCCAUAUUGAUACGGAAGCCAAGCCAGGCCGCAAUUCCAAAGUAAAGAAGGAGAGUGGGAGUUCAGCAGGGAUUCUGGAUCUUUUGCAGGCCAGCAAAGAAGUCGGAGGUUUAGAGUAUAACACCAACAGCCAGCCACCUGCCUCCCCCAGCACACAGGAAGCUAUUCAGGGAAUGUUGUCCAUGGCAAACCUCCAGUCUUCAGACUCCUGCCUGCAGACGUCGUGGGGCACCAACCAAGCAAAGAGCAAUUCCAUCUCAGCCCAGAACUCGAAGAAGAAUGGGGGAGGGAGCAACAAGAGUGCCGGGAAACGGCUCUUGAAGAAAAGCACAAAGAACAGCAUUGACAUUGAAGACUAUGAGGAAGACCAGGAUCACCUGGAUGCCUGCUUCAAAGACUCAGAUUAUGUCUAUCCCUCCCUGGAAUCUGAUGAAGAUAAUCCUAUAUUCAAGUCUCGGUCAAAAAAGAGAAAAAGCUCAGACGAUGCUCCAUACAGCCCGACAGCAAGGGUUGGGCCUUCAGUGCCUCGGCAAGAUAGACCUGUUCGAGAAGGGACGAGGGUGGCUUCCAUUGAGACUGGGCUGGCAGCGGCCGCAGCCAAGCUGUCCCAACAGGAGGAGCAAAAAGGCAGGAAGAAGAAAAAUACCAAAAAGAAAUUGUCACCGAACAACACUAAUAAGGUCUCCCAGGAGAGCAGCUCGCCUGAACCUAAGCUGGAGUCCCAUAGCAGCAGCCUCACUGACCACGAGUAUACAGCAGGAGCCAGCACCUUUGGAGGGGCCCAGGUCACUCGAGGCUCCCAGCCCAUGGCACCUGGAGUCUUCCUCACCCAGAGGAGGCCGUCCUCGUCGUCCCAGAAUAAUGCAGCUGCCAAAGGAAAACGCACGAAAAAAGGCAUGGCGACAGCCAAACAGAGGCUGGGGAAGAUUUUGAAAAUACACCGGAAUGGGAAGCUCCUUCUUUAAUAUUGGAGAGACCAGGACUUUUCUCCCCAGCCCAGGACUUCUUCCUGAGCCAACACUAAAUCUUCAGCUCUUGGAGGACUGCCGUAGUUACUGCGCUUCAUCCUAGGGAGGACCCCAGUUAACUUUUUGUCACCACUCAAAAUAGUUGUUUUUAACUUUCAGCAGUCAGAGUGUACAGAGCACUGCUAUAAAUAUUUUUUAAUAUAGACGUCCGUUCUCAAGUUGCUGAGAGUGACCAUUUCGCAAAAAGUUAACCCAAGAAUUUGAGGACCAUUCCAGUCUUAGGAGAGUAUCCCUUGAACGUGUUCCCAAGUGCAAGGUGGUUUUGCUUGAAGAGAUGCUGUCAGUCUGGAGCACACUCCCUUUGAAAAAGGAAGUGUGGACCAACGCCAGAGGCAUCUGGGUACGGAGCUUGAAAAGGAGGUCGGAGUUGGUAAAAUGCUGGCGCUUGCCAGAGGUUAACAAAAGAAAACAAACAGAAAAAGAGAGAAGGGACGCUCCGUUCUUUUUUUUUCCCUUUCUUUUUUCUCCCCAAGUCAUUUUCAGACACAUGCCGAAAGCACUCAACUUGAUUUCUGAGUUCAGUUCUUUUCUUCCCUGUUAGGAGGUUUGACUGCAGGGGGGAACGAAGGGUAUUAACUGCACAGAAGCACUUGGAAUUAGGAGACCACCUUGGAGACCAGAGCGAUGUCUGUCUCUGCACAGGCUUAGGGACGGGUUUGGGGGCAGCGGGGAGACCCUUGGGCGCUGGUACUCCUCAGCCCAGCCGUAGCUGCGGGAUGGAGACUGGGCUGGGCGAAUGGCAAAUGUGGAUACGGGGGAGGGGUCCCCCGGGAGCGUAGGUUCUUAGCUAAGGCUUGGUGUUCUCCAGAGCUUGAGAGACGAGCUCCCUAGAAACUGAGGCCGCGCAAGGUACAAGGACGAGCGGGGGAGCAUCCCCCGAUGAGCCCCGCCCAGCUCGAUGGGUGUGAUUGGCUGCGGGGAAGACGGCCCCUGCGGGCGCGCCUCCCCGCCGGUGUCCGUGGAGCCCCUCAAAGCACUUGUUACCAGAGAAAGCGGGCUGAAGUCUGAGGAGGGGGCUGCACUAGCAGGCCAGCGGGGGUCUGGCGGCCCGACCGGUCCGGUCAGGGCCGACGUUGGGCUGAUUGACAAUUUGACUGGAUAUUUUUGUCUUUUUAACUCUUAGCGUUUGGUGUAGAGUGCUUUUAUCUUCCAUUAAGCGGCUUGUCUGCACAUAAACACUGAGGGGGGUGGGGUGGUAUUUGUUUCUCAGGCAAUCCCGUCUUUUAAUUUUAGAUGUGUUUUCCUAAGGCAUAUUUUUCAUAGAAUGUAGCUUGUAAAUAGCUUUUUAAAAUGACUUCUUUUUAUAAGAGUAAAAGUAUCUUUAGAAAUUCCUUUCUAUAGAAUACUUCAUUAACAUUUAUACGAGUUUUUUGCCGAGUAUGAUAAACUGUUGUAUUUUCGUUUGAUUCUUUAAAAAAAAAAUUCCUUUUUUUGUUUUUGGUUUUUUUUUUGUUUUUUUUAUUUUCCGUUUUUUUUUUUCCCCCUUUGGAAUUAGGUAUUGCCUGAAAAACAAGUCACGUCGGUGCAGUCUUAUACAGAAUCAAAUAGUACAAAAAGAAAUCUAUUUAAGACACAUUUUGAAGAUGACUCUUCAACUUUAAUACCAGCUCUUUGUUUUCAUUCUUGUAUGAUGAGGGGGGGAUACAGUUAUUUUACUAGCACCUUGUGAAGUGUUUCUGUGUUUUGUGAUGAUGUAAUUUAUUAAUGUUUGUAGCUUUUUAUAUUUGUAUAUUUCUUAUGAGCUUUGUUUAUAUACCCAUUACCUGGAUGAAAUGUCCAUGAGAAAACAGCUACAGGAAACAACUGAGGCCUUAUUAACUAACCCACAUCCUGUUCGAGUGGGACAUGGGCUAGAAAGACUGGGAAAGAUAGAAGAGUUAGUCUAAUGGGGCCCCAGACUUAAUCCAAACAGGUGUUUUUAAAGCUUCCUUUGACACUGUUCUUUGUCCAGCAUUUAUAUUAAUCUAAUCCAGGCAUCAAGCUAUUUUUUUUUAAUUAUUUUUUUUCGCAACAUGUACAUUUCUAACAAAGUUUAUUGUGGCUAUUACAGUGUUUUAUUUACUGAUUCAUAUCAAAUGCUCUUGUAUCAAGUCCAUGGAAUCUAAGUAAACUUAGAUCAAAGUUUAAAAAAGUAAAAUAUUUCAGGUUUUGUACAGAACGGUGUUUCUGCAGUUUUCUGCCUUAUUGAUCUGAUUGAAGUAACAGUAGCAAGAAUGGUCAUAAUAUUUGUACUAAUAACAAUCAUAGCUUGGCAUUUGACCACCCUGUACUUUAAAGGCUGCAAAGUGUUUUUUAUCCAUAAUCUCUCAGAAUUCUAAGUAUGUGGUUUUUGCUCCAUUCUUAAUAGUCACAUCUAUCCUGAAUUUAACAGAGAAUCUUUAGGAAAGUGAGGGGAAAUGACCACUUUUCCUCCUUAGACCUGUUUCUUCUGUCAAGUGAAAGUCAUCCUGUAAAACCACACUGUGCCUGACCAUUGCUCUCUGGACACCCUCAGGAGUUUGUUGGAGAGGAACAAUCUGUGAAAGGUCCUGGACAUCCCCAAUUGUCAUUGUAGUACCAUUGCUUUAGUUGCUGGUUAAAAAAGGAUAGCCAAGGAGAGUGUGACUUGGUGUGUGUGUGUUGAGGAGAAAUUAAAAACAACUGCACAAAAUACAACACCUUCUAUCUUGGAAAACAUGAUGAGGUUUUAAUUUUUUUUUUUUUUUUAUUAAUGCCAUUCUAAAACCUAGUGAAGUUUCGGCUAAGGAAAGGGAUUAUACCACCAGCCUAGGGUAGGAAUGAUUAUAACACAGUUGAUGAGAGAUUGAAACAAUUCCUGAACUGAGACUAAUUUACAUCAUUAAAUCAAAUUUUGUGAAGCUUACAAAGGAAACACACCUUGUUGCAUGAACCUCCAUUUUGCAGUCCUUAACCUAGGAGGCAAAACAAGGAAUGUUACCAUUUCUCACCCAAUAUUGCCUGUAAGUAGGUUAGGACUUUGGUAACAUUUGAAUUUAAAUAGGAUCAUUGGCCUUUCCUGGUUUCAGCGACUUUCCUGACUGUUAUCUAAGGGGUAGAAAUGCUGAAUUUUUGCCAAAGGGCAAUGUGGGGGAGUGCAUGGGCCAUUUGGUCCCUGAGAAAAGACUAAUUUUGAAUCCAGACACUUGUAUGGCCCUGAGUUGAGUAAACUCUUCUGAAUCUGUUCAUCUGUAAAGUGGGGGCUAAGAACACAGGUAGUCUUAACUCAGGAUGAUGAUUAAUAGCCCAAAGAGCUGAUUUAUGUAAAGAACUUUGAAAGCUUUCUACAUCAAUGGUAGCUAUAAAGGGCUUACAUCAAUGGUAGCUAUAAUUGGGUACAGGAAACCUCUGGCUGUAAAAACAUAGAAAGCCUUAGGUCUACCAACUCCAAGUUUCCAAGGUGGUCUUUGUUGGAAACUCAGACCUUUAAGCCUCUCUAAUUUCAUGCAUUCAAAGGAUCUUGGUAUUAAAAGUACAAGGGACUUUAUUUAGAUAGAGAUCACCUAGUCUAACCCUUUUAUAGAUGGAAAAACUGAGGCCUAAAGAUGUGAGACUCAGAUUCAUCUGGGUAGGAAUUGGAGCCAGGAUUCAGUCCAUCUGACUUGGAAUACAUUGCUCUUUCUGCUAUGCUGCCAAGGGAACUAGGAGUAAACAAGUGACUCCGGCAGUAGGAUUGUACAACUGUACCAAGUUUGCCCUCCUCGGCCGCUGGCCGGCACCAUGGACUCCUGGGCCUUGGAGAGGAGGCGUCUGGAAUCCCAAAGCCAACAAUUCCUGGGAGCUGACAUAUUUUUCCAGCACCUUUGGAUUUAUUACUUUCCUCAUAAUCUUGUGGGGGGUGGGAAGUAAGGUUUGCAAAGGUAAGAUGGUUAGUGCCCCAAUUCCUGGUCUUCCAGCUCCCAAGACCAGUGCAUUGUCCAUACCACUCAUCCUGCUUGAAGCUGAAUUUUCAUCUGGAGGAGCCAUGGGCCUGAGUUGGAAGUUGGGUUGAUUAGGAGAAAGGUAGGCUGAGGGAUAUUGAAAAUAGCCUGUGAGACUUUAUUGGGUCUUAGGAAAUCCUAAAUCUGUAAAGAUGCAAGGGGAAGAGUAGAGGAUAAGGGGAGGAGUGGGAAUUUUACCUGGCAUAUGGAAGCUUUGAAGGCAGAUGUCACAUCCAAUGAGGAUUCCAAUUGUCUCCUUUAAUGAAAGUUGGGGCCUCCUACAGAAGCAAAAGGACUGGACUUGGAAGGCAGAAGACCUUAUUUUGAAUCUGGGUUUUCUUACUGAAUAAUGUCACUUUAGGCAAAUCCCCAUUUCCUCAGUUUUCCCAUUUGAAAGGUUUAGAUCCUUAAGGUCACUUCCCAGCUGUGACAUUGAUGAAUAUUGAAUUAAUGGAAUUUUCACAAAGUUCAAAUGUAUACUAGUGAAGGCCCUAAAUCUGAAGGGAAGAACUUUGGCCACUUCAGUGUGGCAGGCAGGAACCCAUUUUUGGUGGUCUGAUGCCAAGUUGCUACUCUGGUAAAACUGUCGUGAUGACCUUAAAGGAAGACUGUCGUGGCCUUUUAAUAAAUUGGGCUUUUCAAGUA